UUCGCUGGAUGAUUUAAGACCUGCAGACCCUCUCAAGGUUUCAUUGACAGUUGCACUAUUCUGGAUAGAAACAUGUCAAGGUUGAACAGUGAUCAGUUGCAUCGCUCCACCUUGGGGAUUUACUCGAAUUUGAUGUAUGAGUUCAACCCGAGCCUGCAGAAGUUGGUUUCACUGGGAAACAGCUAUGUCCAGGCUUUCAAGGCUCUUGCUGUAACAAGUGAGGCCUACUUCAGUACACUUUCUAAGAUCGGAGAGAAGGACUUCCACACCAAGUCCUCACGCUCCCUAGGAGAUGUCCUGAUUCAGAUCUCUGAGAGCCAAAGAAGACUCACCUUGGAGCUGGAUGGAGUAUUCCAAUGGUUCAGUAUUGAGAUUCUUCAGGAGAUGGAAAACAACAUUAGACUGGACAAAGAUUACCUUUCAGGCAGCAGGAAUCACUAUGAGACGGAAGUCCACCACCAUGCAGCAGCUCUGGAGAGAAAUCUGAGGAGAGGAAUCAACCAGGACUGUAUUGAGUAUGUGCAGUUCCUCAGGGAGAGCCAUGGAGAGGCUCUGAAGGAGGAGGAGAGGAGAUACCGCUUCCUGGCUGAGAAACACUGUGGACUGAUAAAGUCCAUCGCCCACCUCAUGGAUAAGACAGGUGGUUCACUCCAGCAGAGAGCUGACGCCUGGACAGAGGAGGUGAACAUCACCAGACAACCUGAAGCCAGACAUCCCGCUCCUCUGGACAACGCUGUGGGGAUGAAGAGGGAGGAGAUCAGAAAGAGCAGAGAGGAGCUCCCCCUCGGUAAAAUACCGUCAAGGGCUCCGUCCCCCCAGGGAAGCAUUGUUCGCUCUGCAGGAGACUCAGUGGGAGUUGGCGGAGGAAGACCUACCAGGGCCCUGGUUGCCCACAAACCUGCUGGCUCCAACCCCACAUUGCUGCCCUUCACCAAGGGAGAGACAAUCACUGUGCUGGUCCAACAGCCCAGGAACGGCUGGCUGUACGGACGUGCUGACAGCAGCUCAUGUCAGGGAUGGUUUCCGGCCUCAUAUGUGGAUGAUCCACCAAAGUCAACCAACUCCAGUAACUCUACCCUCCGAAGCAGCAGCAGCACGAGCAACCUGUUCAACCAGCCGGGAAGCAGCCGCCACAGCGGAGCCGCGCCCCCUCCCCCUCCCCCUCCGCCACCACUCUCAUACCUGACUUCAAAUAAAGACUCUGAGAUGCAACCAGUCACACCCACUCUCGACAAAAGGGUUUAUUCUAACUCAGAAAACAAGAGAUCACAUCCACAUGGAUCACAACCGGAGCUCUUCCCGAGGGGUACCAACCCAUUUGCAACAGUUAAGUUGAAGCCCACAUCCACCGAUGACAGAUCGGCCCCAAUUCUAUAUCGCAGAUGACAGCUUAACCUUGAAACAAAUGCUUUCAUCGGGCUGAACAGUUUGCUCUGGACCUUGGCCUUCUUUAUGGUCAAAGGCUGAGCAAGUGGACCAUAGAUGGAGGUUGUGCUUUCAUACUUUCAUAUACUUCUGUUCGCCAUAGAGUCCUACUGCAAAGAUGCACAAAAAUAGGAGGAGGAGGAGGAAAUACAUUUGAAUAACAACUUCAGAAUUCUUGGUUCGGCACUCUGAUUUUAGCCAACGUCUACAAUGAUUGUAUGAUGUCUGUUCUUGUUUUUUAUAUAACAGGUUCUCUGCUCUGUGAUUUUAAAAUAGUAAUGAAUGAAUAAUUGUGAUAUAAAUGUGGUUAUGUAACGUAAACUAAUAUCUGUAUUGUUCUUACCUGGCCUUAAAUCAUCUUCCCUUUUCUGAGAUGUUUGAUUUGUUGGCACUGAAAUGCUAUCAGCUGGAGAGA